CAUCAGCUUCCUGGAUGGAAACAUAACACAGUCAUACACGGGACACGCACAGCAGCUACGAGCAGGACAUUUAAACGUGGUUGUCGUGUUUCUGUGAGCGUGGGCAGUGUCGUGAAAGAGCAGACUGUAUCGACAGCACACGUGUGCGUGCGUGCGUGCGUGAGUGAGUGUGUGUGUGUGUGUGUGUGAGAACUGCGGCUGUGGCUCUGGAUUCAGGAAGCUCCUACAAGCAGUGGUCCAGCACAGACAAGGAAUAUGGAGGCUGUAGCCAUUCUCUGUCCCGAGCAGAAGGACUAGGAGCAGCCUGAUUCCUUCUUGCUUCCUUCCCCGCCUGCCUCGCCCCCUCAUGGCCAGCGGGAGUCCCACCCUGAGCCCGGAAGCCAGGGAUUCAGAACCUGGGACCCCCGAGGCAGGCAUUGAUUCCCAGCCAGGGCCUGAGGUCUUCUGCAAGCUGUGUCUCAGUGAGCAGCCAUCUGCAGCCUCCAACCAGCUGCAGAGCUGCGACUGCAGCUUCUGCACAGCUUGUUUGCAGCAGUAUGUUGUGCUUGCCAUCAUGGAGGGUGGGGGGGCACCCAUCACCUGCCCGGACAUGGCCUGCCAAAGGUCUGGCGUGCUGUUGGACUCUGAGAUAUCCAGCCUUGCUGCAGCUGAUCAGGUGGAGCUUUUUCAGAGGCUGAAGUUUGAGAGAGGGGUGAAGUUGGACCCAAGUAAAGCCUGGUGCCCAGUGAUCGACUGCCAGGCAGUGUGCAGUGUGGAGCCCAACACUGAGGGCCAGCCCACGGCCGUGUCCUGCCUCACCUGUCACACCGUUUUCUGCUCUGGGUGCAGAGGGCCCUGGCAGGACAGCCAUACCUGCCCUGAACGCCAGCCCAUGAUGUCAAACUCACCCCCUAUUGAAAGCAGGGCCCGCUCCGACAGCCACUCCGACACGCCCAUCAAACAAUGUCCCAUGUGUGGUAUCUACAUUGAGAGGAACCAGGGCUGUGCUCAGAUGCUGUGUAAGAGCUGCAAACACACCUUCUGCUGGUACUGUCUGCAGAAUCUAGAUGGUGACAUCUUCCUGAGACAUUAUGACAAGGGGCCGUGCAGAAACAAGCUGGGACACUCCAGGGCAUCUGUGAUGUGGAACAGAACACAGGUGGUGGGCAUCUUGGUGGGGGUCAGCAUCAUUGUUCUGGUGACAUCGCCGCUCCUCCUGCUGGCGUCUCCCUGCAUCUUGUGCUGUGUCUGCAAACCCUGCAGAGGGAAGAAGAAGAAGAAGAAGAAGAAGAGGAAGAAGGACCUCAGCCAGCCAGACUUGUCUACGUCAUAGCAGUGCCGUCUGUCACUGGUCGGACCCAGGGUCGUCGUAUGAAGCCUGAGACAAACCAACAAAGUUGGAACAUUGGAGCAUGUUUUCCUGGCUCAACAGACUGUAGGCCAUGGUGGAAGUGAACUAUGAGGAGACUGAAUGUAAUUCAUUCGCCAACAUUGUUUUCAGAUGCAAAGACGUUGCAAGGAGAAUGUGUCACUUUUUCCUGUCAGUGUCUCCGUCACACACACAGACACAGACAGACACACACAGACACACAUACGCAGUUAACGCUACCCUCAUGUGCCAGACGUGAUGAUGCCAAACCAGAGGUGUUAGGUGCUCAAGUGCCUCACUCUACAGUGCCUGGUGCUUGGUUGCAUUUGCUUUGCCUUCCAUUCUAUCUUUAUCUUAUGCAAAAUGUUUAGCAGUAUGAAAAUGAAUGAGUGCCGGGAUCACACAGGGUUAUAAAUUCAUACAAAAAAAAGUCAUUCUUUCAUAAAAGGAGAAGGAAAAUGGCAUCAAGUGUGCACUGUAUAUUCUGUACUUAUAUAUAAAGUAUAAUAGGGCUCCAUUGGUGCACAGAGGACUUUUCUUCUGCAAGUUUCCACCUGGAAUAUGUUCCAGACCAAAGGCUCUAAAGGAAAAUGUGUAUACUUUUGUAAAAUGUGUUCAUAUGUAUUUAUGGGUUAUGUGUGUAUAGUGAGCUGUUAUCAUUUCUACAUUUCUGUUGGUGUUUCUGCAGCAGAUAUUUUCUAAAAAGCACCAUUGUAAUUGAAAUAAACACACUCUACUGGA